AUGUCUAGAGAUCCAGAAAAUGGUGCAGUCCAUGAUAUGGACCAACACGAGCACGAGGCACCUGAAGGUACCCAAGAAGAAGGCGACAAGGGCGAAGAUGCCGGCGACAACCCGACAUUCAGCUUAGCUGGUCCCGGCGCGUCGAACCCAGCAAGCAACGCUUACGUUGGAGAUUUAUAUCGACAGUAUAAUCCUCAGUAUGGAAAGGAAGUUGAUUCUCCGACAUGGAGUCUGGCUCAACCGCUGCCUCACAUCGUUCGCCCCGGAAUGCAACAUGGCGCACUUCCAGAAGAUCGGAAAGAGGACAAGCAAGCAGGACAAAAUGGACAUGGGCCAGGGCCGGACAAAACGCGCUCUAAGGAUGAUUCCCAAGGCUCGGAAGACGGCUUCUUCAACACCUGGUCUAAAUUUCGCCACAAGAUCAGGGAGCCACUUGCUGAAUGGCUUGGAAUAACCAUCGCAAUGACAAUUGGGCUUUGUGCCACGUUAUCGCAUUACACCUCCUCCGGCGAAGCUGGAAGCUACACAUCUCAAAGCCUUGCGUGGGGCUUUGGUUUUAUGGCAGCGAUCUACGUAUCUGGAGGAGUGUCUGGCGGACAUCUUAAUCCAGCGUUCUCUAUUGCAUUAUCCGUGUUUAGAGGGUUCCCCGCUCGCAAAUGUGUGAUAUACAUUGCUGCCCAGCUUCUUGGGGCUAUCACCGCCGGCGGAAUAGCUUAUGCAAUCUACCAUGACGCAAUCCUUGAAGCUGAUGCCAAAACUAAGACAGCACAAAAUGCUGGUCUCGCUGUUGAGGCUUUGAUUACCGCCCCGAAGUCUUUUGUUCAUCCAGCUACUGCGUUUUUCACGGAGUUUCUCGGCAGUGCCAUCCUAUUCGGUGCGAUUGUCGCUCUUGGAGAUGAUACGAAUGCCCCACCUGGAGCUGGAAUGCAGGCUUUCAUACUUGGAAUCCUGAUCUCGGUUGUGGUCCUUGCAUUGGGCUAUAAUACUGGAGGAUGCUUCAAUUGCGCCCGGGACUUUGGGCCACGGCUAGUUGCUCUUAUGGCUGGGUGGGGAGGUAAUCUUUUCCGCGAAAGCCAUGCUUGGUGGAUUUGGGGUCCCUGGUGUGCAGAUAUCAGUGGAGCGCUAUUUGGUGCUUUGAUAUACGACAUGGCAAUCUUCACUGGAGGCGAAAGUCCCAUAAACUAUCCGCGUCGGCGACGAAAGAGAGCAGUUCAAGUCAGAGCAGUUAAUUUGCGAAAAAAGCUGGGUAUGAAGCGGAAAAAGGAUGAGGAUAUCGAAAGCGCUUCUGCGGAGACAUGCCGCUAG